CUAGCUGCCACUGCUGCUGGGUUCGACUGCCAUGGCCCUUAUUUCAGCUUCUACAACCGCCAUGGCCCUGCCAUGAGUACUCAGAGAUUGGACCCUGCUCUUUUCCCCGGCCAGGGCAGCCCCCACAUGCACGACUUCGAUGGUGGAAACGGCUUGGCUGUGGAUACUACCUUCGCGGGCCUCCAGUCCUCCGAGUGCACCACUGCUCGUAUCAAACCAGACAACAGUCUCUACUGGCGCCCCGCACUGUACUGGAACGGCAAUGGCACGGGCUUCUACCCCGUGCCUAACAUGUUCGCCAAAGUCUACUACAAGUUCGGCAACGGUGAUGGUACCAAGGCCAAGAACAUCUCCGAAUUUCCCGAGGAUUUUGAAAUGAUUGCUGGCGACCCAUUCAGGAGAUCAGAUGAUGGUAACAACCAGGCUGGAGUUAGCUGGGCUUGCAUUGACGCCAAAUACGGAAGAAUCGAAGCACAGGGUUUCCCUAAGGGUUUCACCUCCUGCUCGAACGGAUUGGCAACCCAGCUUACGUUCCCUGCUUGCUGGAACGGCAAGAAGAUGGACCCGAAGAACCCCAACGCACACAUGGCUUACCCUUCCAACGCUGGCCAGGGUAUCGAAUCUUGCCCUACCGGUUUCCAGGUCGCCCGCUUCCCUAGCAUUUUCAUCGAAUUCUGGUAUGAUGUCUCUCAGUUUGAUGGGCAAUAUAGUGCCAAUGACAUCCCCUGGGUUCUCGCCCAAGGUGACCCUACUGGCUACGGAUUCCACGCCGAUUUCAAGAACGGUUGGAAGAAGGGUGUCUUGGCCAAGGCUACUGCUGACGAUGGAUACUGCAACUGUGGCUGUGGCUGUGGUGAGGACGAGAUGAAGCAAUGCUUCGGCGCGGAGAAUGUCAACGACGAUAACGACGCUGCUUUCACGCAGUGCUCCGCAAAGCCAGCUUUGGCAGACGAGCGUGGUGUUGUUCAGAAGCUACCUGGCUGCAACCCUAUCCAGAAAGGCCCAGCUGAGGCUACCGCGGUCACUGGUGCUGGCUGCGUUGCUGGUGCUACCGGAGGCAGUGGUGACUCCGCUUCUGCUGCUCCUACAAGCGCCGCCACGGGAGCGUCAUCACCCGCUUCUGCCGCCACCUCUGCCCCUGCGACGACCCUCUCUGCAGUCAUCUCCACGGGCUCCGCUCCAAGCUCCGCUCCAAGCUCUGCCCCUGCGUCCUCUGCGCCAGUUGCUUCUGCUGAGGACGCUGGCGGCUACUCCGCCGCCCCUGUGUCUUCUCUCUCUGCGCCCUCCCAACCCUCUGCGGCAAGCAGCGAUUGCUCCAGUGCAGCUACCGUUACUGUCACUCCCACAGUCUACGUAACUGCUGCUGCCGACGCC